CAGCCCCGUUCGGAAAUGGACGCACAGCGGAGAAAGGCGCGAGCACGCAGCUGAUCGAGCGAGCGAGCCGAAAACCAAGGGCCAGCGAGCAGAUCGCGCUGCGACGCUGCAGCGAAACGCAGGGGAUAGUGGAGGCCACCGAUGUCCAGGGCCGCACGAUGGCCGGGGCGCUGUCCGAGAGUGCCCCCAGGCCAGUGAGCGUGGUCCGCGUCGACGGCGAGGCAGCGUCGUCCGAGCAGCAGCAGCAGCAGCAGCAGCCGCCGCCACCGCCGCCGCCACCACUGGCGAGCGCCGGCCAUGACCAGGUGACGGUGGUGAGCACCUGCGGCGGUGGGGACGCCGUCGCCGCGACGACGACGCUGCCGGCGCGCUCGUUCGCCUCCACCGAGGCCCAGACCGAGCAGCUGUCGCCGCAGAUGCUGCUCGGGCCGCAGGCGCUCAGCAGCCACGCGGAGCUGCUGUCGGAAGAGCUGAGGGACGCGCGGCGCCGGGAGAGGCGGAUGCGCCGCCAGCACCGCCGGGCGAUGCAGCGGGCGAGCGGCGCCGCGGCGGCCGCGGCCGCGGCCGCCGCGGUCAACGGGGCCUGCGCCGCCGCCGGCGUGCCGCCCACCUACCCGGGCCUGCUGGCCGCGGCGGGCCACGCCGCCGUGCCGCCCUCGGCGGCCGCCGCGCACUCCGGCUUCCUGCACCCGCCGCCGGCGCACCUUGGCCUCCGGGGACUCAGUCUCGGACUGCCCUUCCCCGUGCCGGCCAGCGUGUCCGCCUUCGGCAGGUCAGUUAAUCCUGAUGAUCAGCAGCGCCUCGUGGACGCGGUGCCCAAGCAGUGCUGUGGACUUGGCUCGCCUCCGGUGCGCUGGUCGAUCCUCGGCGUUGGCGUGGUCGGACUCGUGUGCGCUGGUGCGGGCGCACUGCUCGGCGCGCUCCGAGCCACUGGACGCGACCACAUCGCCGUCGCUUUGCUCAUGAUUGGGAUCGGCGUGGUGCUGGUGACGGUGAGCGCGGUGGCUUGGCGAGUGACCAGUCGAGAAAACUGCAGUGGCUUCUUCGGACUGACGGGCAGAAUUCCGGCCGCGAGGCCGAUGCAUCCCUACGCCGCCAUGAUUUAUCCCGAGUUUCAGUUCCGAACUCCACCUCCCAGUUAUCAGGCGAGCAUGCAGGAGUACAGGCUACGACUGUUGCUGUUGGAUCGGCUGCAGCCGACCUCGUCGCCGCCGCCGACGUACAGGUCGAACGCGGGCAGCCUGGUGGCGAACGGACUCGGGGCGAUGAACGGCACGACGCCGGCCAUAACCGGUCCUCACCACGCGAGCCACCAUCACCACUCGAUGGUGGGCACGGUGGGUCGCAACGGCGAGAGCCGACCGCCGAGUUAUUGCGGCCAUCGCGUGGUCGCGCCGACCACUCAGACCACUCAUCACGGACUGCCACCCACUUCCAAGAAGGACGCCAAUCUGGUGCGCAUCGUUCAAACCGAGAGCGAGCCCGUGAUCCUCAGCGGCGACCAGACGCCGCCGUGUGCCGCUGUCGAAGUACUCGCUCAUCUUUAGUCAGCCAAGACACUCUUAUCCCUCUUACUUCCUUCUUUCCUCACUGUGUUCUUUAGCGCUCAGAGCGCCAUUUGUCACAGUUCUCGCGUGUGUAUGUGUGUGUGCGCGCGUGUGUGUAAACGCGUAUGUAUGUGUGUGACGAGCCAGACGACCCCUUCCUUGUUGGCGACUGUCAUUCCGAUCUUGAAUGUAUCGUCGUUCGGCCCACUUGUUCUGUAUAUAUACUCGAAAACAAAUCGGAAUAAUAACGACGGAAACAAACAUCAUUUACGAUGUUUAUCUAUGAAUGCGUUUACCUUUAGUUGCACUCUGUAAAUAUGGUACUCUGCACGUCUUCUGUUCAUAGCGCUUGAUGCUGCGUGUGUAUACUUUUUAUUGUAAAUAAUCGACGAGAGACGUGCAACUUUUUAUUGGAGAGAAGGAAUCAUUAUUCGGUUUUGCGCAUAAUACGAUUACUUUUCUUUUUUCGUUUAUUCUUCCAAUGAUUUCGUUUUAAUAAUUGAGGAAUAGCCGUCGUCAAGUUAAUCCAACUGCUAUUGUAUUUUAUGCUAAUUGUGCCAUAAGAUUACUUUUCAUUUCAGUAUCCGCUUAAAAAGCAAAAUCAAUUGCUUCAAAAUUGCAAACAUGAAAUGAAUGGUGCUGGUAUAACAGUUGAUACACGUAACACUUAUAUACCCUUUUAAUAUAUUUGAAAUUGUUGUCAACGUGGAGUUGUAACACUUUUUUACCAAGCCCUUUGACUUUCCAUGUAGGUAUUUUGUAUCCCGAUACCUUAAAUUUUGGGAUAAUAGCGCCACGAAAAAAAAAUUCAAAAUUUAUCAAAUUAUUAAUAUCGUUAGAGUGAAAAUAUAAUAUUAUGUUUUUCCACGAAAAGAAAAUUGCAAUGACAUAUGUGCAUAAUAAUAACGAUUUUUUUCAUUUUUAAUUAUGCAAUGGACUGAUAAAUUUAUGUAUUUACGUUACACAAAAGAAAAAAUACAUCAUACUCAAUACAUGUAUCUAAAUAAAAAAAUCUGUAUCAAAGACGUAAUUAUUUUUCUCGUAACACAUAUGGAUUUCAAAGUUCUCAUCUUCUACACUAUAUAAUUAUUCAUAUAGAAAUGAAAUUGAAGCGCAUACAUGUUCAAUGACAGAAGAAUAGUCUCAACAGCUAGAAUAGUUAGUCGUCUAAGAAACUGUGUGCUCUUUUAGAACCAUUGAAAUUUUAUGAAGAUAUAGAAAUCAAUAAGAAAAUAGAAUAUACCGUACAUACGAGCCAAACUUUUUGAAUAGACGAUUGUUCAUUCGAAAUCCAGUUCAACAUUUUCUAAUUAAACCUCCGCCUACGAAAAUAGAUUCGCAACACCAUUAUACCCUCGACCAUUCGUUUCUGAAAAGUUCGAGUAUAAAUGAUGUUAUAUAGAAUUUCCAAUUCUUAUAAUACUGCUUUUAAACUCUCAAGUAUUUAUCAUUAUUUUCAUGAUUUAUGACUGUAUAUGUAUACAUACGUUGAAAAUAUAUAUUGACCUCUUUGCGAAGUUUAGUUUUUGAGAGAAACUUGUUAUGCUCAUCGGACAUUUCAUUCUGAGUAGAUAACAGUUUAAUAAAUUAAAAGACAAAAAAAUUAUAAUGUAAGCAACCACUGUAAAAAAAUUUUAUGUUAAAGCUCACGGGUGUUGUGCAACUCAACAUAUGUAUCCGCAAUAUUUUUUUAAGUACGCAGCGAAGAUUGAGUAGGCAUACAAAAUGUAUUUUCAUGCGAGGUUAAACAAUAAAUGUGCACGCGAGUCUGUUUUGCUGAUAGAUAAAUUUUCUUGCGGAAAUAAUAAGAAAAAAAAAAUAAUAAUGUAAUAGAAAUUUAAAAGUGCUUAUUAUGCUCAAAACCAAACUCGCAAUGAUUCGUGAUAUGUGUAAGAGCGAUGAGUUAAGUUGUCGGUCGAAUUAGUAGUUCCUUAAUAUAUUGUAGGCCAAUUUGUAUAUUGAGA